GAAACGAACACCACAAAUCACAGGCAAAUGAUGUCAAAGUCAAAUUGUCAUAGUGUAGAGUAUAACCUAAAAUUUAAAUUUUUUAUUUUAUGUUCAUUUUCUUCAAGUAUUUUUUAUUUAUAAUCCUAUACUAUAGUAAUUUAAUAAUAAAUAAAAUAAGUAAACAAAUACAAUGACGACACACACUGGCAGCUCAAGUUAAGGAUACUUAAAUGAUGUCUACAGUAGAUAGUUCCAUAUGGAGAAGAUAGCUUUACUUCCAGAGAAUAUGAAAAGUUUAUCAUCAUAAAACUGGAAUUUUUGUAUUAUUAAGGACAACUUUAUCAUAUUUUUUUAAAUGGUCCAAGAUGGAAGGCACCAGAGGAGAAAGAAAUAAAGACAUAGAUUGGUCCAAGUACGGUCUAGGAAACGAAACCGCGCAAAGAGGACGAGCAAAUGUAAGUGGCUUUGUGGACUUAUCAACCGAAGGACACUAUGCAGCAGGCGGUCAUCAAGCUUCAGGUGCCAACGAGCUGUUCGCUGAAGAACAAGGAGACGUGCCUUGGUGGAAAUCCAACUUUUUCAUAUCACAACCUGUGCUUUUUGGAACGUGGGAUGGCGUUUUCACAUCGUGCCUAAUCAAUAUAUUUGGAGUAAUUGUAUUUUUACGGUCUGGUUGGAUCGUGAGUCAGGCUGGAGUGAUAAGUGCUGUCUUAAUAAUUUUAUCAACAGUAGCAACUGCCUUAGUAUCAGUAUUAUCAGCAGUAGGGAUUUGUGAGAGAUGUAGAAUAGAAAGUGGAGGAGUUUAUUUUGUCCUGGGGCAUGUCCUUGGUUCCAGGUUUGGUGGUUCCUUGGGCUUAUUAUACUGUUUCGGGCAGGCUGUGGGAUGUGCAUUAAAUGUCCUCGGUUUUGGAGAGUCUAUGGCUGAGCUAAUAGGAUUCGGAGAUUCAACGUGGGCAGUCAGACUUAUUGCAAUAGCGGCUGUUAUUCUACUGAGCAGCAUUAAUAUUGCUGGAGUAAAAUGGGUUAUCAAACUCCAGUUUAUUUUGUUACUUAUUUUAUUGUUGGCUGCCUUAGAUUUUAUGGUAGGUAGCUUUGUACAUACUGAUGAAGCGAAUGGGUUUGAUGGAUGGAUUAGUAAUAAUAUGCAAUUGAAUUUAUGGUCAAAUUACACUGAUGGCUACGGAAUGUUUGCAGUUUUUGGAGUAUUUUUCCCAACAAUCACUGGUAUAUUAUCUGGAAUUAAUAUGAGUGGAGACCUGAAAGCUCCUUCCACUAAUAUACCGAAUGGCACUUUAGCUGCUAUCAGCUUCGCCACGUUCCUCUAUUUGGUUUUUAUAUUAUUUUUGGGAGCCACUUGCACUAGACAAUUUUUACAAGAAGAUUAUAUGAUUGCUGCUAAAGUUUCUUCAAUAGGAGUACUGUUUUUAGCUGGUUUAUAUGUUUCAUCUAUGUCUAGUUGUUUGGGAGCCAUGUAUGGAACACCCAGAGUACUACAAUCUAUUGCCUUAGAAAAUGUUAUACCUGGUAUUGGAAUACUAGGUAUGGGCAGAGGACCAAAUAAAGUGCCAUUGUAUGCCAUGGCAGUGGUUGCAACUGUAACUUUUGGCUUUAUUUUAAUAGGAAAUAUAAAUACACUAGCUCCAAUUGUGACGAUGCCUUAUUUAUUAACGUACGCUUGUAUAGAUUAUUCGUAUUUUGCUUUGGCACAAACUUUUGAUAAACAACACCAGAGAGAACAAAGAUUUCAUAGACCUAGAAUUCAAGCCACAAUUAGCGUAGAUUCAGAUUCAAACGAUUUAGAUAGACUGUUUCCUGAACGCACAAGACAUAGAACUUUACGGGGAGAAUCAAGCACCAAUUCUCCAUCUAGUCCUACAACAGAAAACUCAGAAACAACACCCAUUUCGCCAAAAAAUCAUAUACAUUCCAAACAAAAAAACUGGUAUUCGCAUUUAUGUAACAGAUGGUUGUCCCUGGUUGGUGCCUUAAUAAAAAUUCUAAUAAUGUUUUUGGUUAGCUGGGUAUAUGCCGUUGCAUGUUUAAGUGUGGUGUUCCUAGUCUGGUUAUAUAUAGGAACAGCCAAUCCAGCAGUUAAACCAGGCAUAGCUAGUGAAUUCCAUUUUCUGCGAUGGCUUAAAAGCGUACUUUUGCGCUGUUUCGGAAAAAGAGUAACUGAUUACGAACAAAUUGUCGUUACCCCUGUACAUCCAGGACUGGAUGUUUCUACAGCACAAUUAAACGAAGACAAUGAAGAUUUUUCCAAUAGGAGGCGAUAUCAUCAGUCUGAAACUGUUACUGGUCACAUGGUUGACAUAGAUGACUGAAUAAUAAUAACGCGAAUGCAAUUUUUUUCAAUGAUUUAUUUUGUUAAUAGUAUACAAAGAAAUAUAUAGGUAUCGAACAAUAAAUAAUUUUCUUAUGGCAGUGUUAAUUUAAGCUUUAUUAAAAAUCUUAUUUUUCUAAUUUAUUUGCAAUAAUGUAAUUUAUCUUCUAAUUUAUUAUAUUGUAUGUUACUUAAAACCAAAUUAAACAUGUUUUAACAAUUGCA